AGUAUAUAAGACGAAAUGAGGGAAAUAGUACAUAUUCAAGCAGGACAAUGUGGAAAUCAAAUUGGAGCUAAGUUUUGGGAGGUGAUUUCUGACGAACAUGGCAUUGAUCCUUGUGGCACAUAUCAUGGAGACUCCGAUCUGCAGCUAGAAAGAAUAAACGUUUACUACAAUGAGGCCACCGGAGGGAAAUACGUGCCGCGGGCUAUUCUAGUCGAUCUCGAGCCUGGCACUAUGGACUCAGUGCGAUCAGGUCCUUUCGGACAGAUCUUCCGUCCAGACAACUUCGUGUUCGGACAAUCGGGAGCCGGUAAUAACUGGGCUAAAGGACAUUAUACAGAGGGCGCGGAGCUUGUCGACUCAGUCUUAGAUGUAGUUAGAAAAGAAGCAGAAGGAUGUGAUUGUCUACAAGGCUUCCAAUUGACUCACUCUCUCGGUGGCGGCACUGGUGCAGGAUUAGGAACACUGCUUAUCUCCAAAAUCAGAGAAGAGUACCCUGACCGUAUUAUGAAUACGUUCAGCGUUGUGCCAUCCCCCAAAGUAUCUGACACUGUCGUCGAACCAUAUAAUGCCACACUCUCUGUGCAUCAGCUUGUAGAAAACACCGAUGAAACCUACUGCAUCGACAAUGAGGCCCUGUAUGAUAUUUGUUUCCGAACACUGAAGUUAACAACACCAACAUACGGAGAUUUAAACCAUUUGGUAUCGGCAACAAUGUCGGGAGUAACUACAUGUCUUAGGUUCCCUGGCCAGCUGAAUGCAGAUUUAAGGAAAUUGGCUGUGAACAUGGUACCAUUUCCACGGCUGCAUUUCUUCAUCCCCGGUUUCGCGCCACUGACAUCUCGAGGCAGUCAGCAAUAUAGGGCUCUGACAGUUCCAGAGCUGACGCAACAGAUGUUUGACGCAAAGAAUAUGAUGGCAGCUUGCGAUCCUCGCCAUGGCAGAUAUUUGACUGUUGCAGCUAUCUUUAGAGGUCGUAUGUCAAUGAAAGAAGUAGAUGAACAGAUGAUGAAUAUUCAGAACAAAAACUCAUCUUAUUUCGUGGAAUGGAUUCCAAACAAUGUAAAGACAGCUGUAUGCGAUAUACCGCCACGUGGUCUGAAGAUGUCGGCCACCUUCAUUGGGAAUUCGACAGCGAUUCAAGAGCUAUUUAAGCGGGUGUCGGAGCAGUUCACUGCUAUGUUUAGACGUAAGGCUUUCUUGCACUGGUACACUGGAGAGGGGAUGGACGAGAUGGAGUUUACUGAAGCAGAGAGCAAUAUGAACGACUUGGUCUCGGAGUAUCAACAAUACCAAGAUGCUACAGCUGAGGAAGAGGGUGAAUUUGACGAGGAAGAAGAAGGUGGCGACGAGGGAGAUUAAUUCGAACUAUAUCUUUAGAGUAACUCGUGUUAUUUCAGA